GAGGCCGGGGCUCCCCAUGCGCCCGGUCUCGGGAUGGGGAACGCCAUCCGGGCUCUCGUUGCCUUCGUCCCCACCAGCGGCUGCCAGAACUACCUGCUGGGAGAACUCCAGGAGAUGCCACUGGACAAGAUGGUGGACCUGAGCAGCAGCCAGCUGAGACGGUUCCCCUCGCACGUGUGCUCCUUCAGGGAGCUGGUAAAGCUGUACCUGAGUGACAACAACUUGAACAACCUGCCCCCGGAACUGGGGCAGCUGCAGAACCUCCAGAUCCUGGCCUUGGAUUUCAACCAUUUCAAGGCCUUACCCCCGGUUGUGUGCACCCUGAAGCAGCUCUGCAUCCUCUACCUCGGGAACAACAAGCUACGGGACCUGCCCUUGGAGCUGAACUUGCUGCAGAACCUCAAGACCCUCUGGAUUGAGAAUAACCACCUGACCCAACUGCCGGAGGUCAUCUGUGAGCUGAGUCUCCUCAAAACCCUGCAUGCGGGCUCCAACGCCCUGCGCCUCCUUCCCCGGCAACUGAGUAGCCUCCAGGAGCUGAGGACCAUCUGGCUCUCCGGCAACCUGCUGACCGAUUUCCCCACGGUACUGCUCCACAUGCCCUUCCUAGAAGUGAUCGAUGUGGAUCGAAACAACAUCUCCUACUUUCCCAGCCUGGUUCACCUGUCGGGCCUGAAGCUGGUCAUCUAUGACCACAAUCCCUGCAGGAAUGCCCCUAAAGUGGCAAAGGGGGUACGGCGUGUGGGGAGGUGGUCAGAGGAAACCCCGGAGCCCGAUCCCAGAAAAGCCAGGAGGCUUCGGACGGCCAAGGAGGCGGCUGAUGAAGUCCAGGCACCUGCUGCUCCUGCCCCUCCUCUUCCUAUGGCUGAGAAACUUGACUAG